UGCAGUGCAAUACUUUAGCAAUACGCAAGUGAUCACGUCCUGCAACACUUCGCUUUUGUGCACAGUUUGAACUGCUUGCGUUGUUCCGCACGCCGCACGAUUGCCCAUGGACAGGAGGAGGCUGCUGCUAUUAAAGAAGAAGCUCCUCCUUUUAAUGAAGCUAAGGGAACUGCAGCAACAACAGAGGCGGCGUGUUUGGGUCAAGCCCAUGUUUCUGGAACGCAAACAAAGGAGUCUCUACUACACCGCAAUGCGCCGACUUCGUGACGGAGAUUACGAUCUGUUCUUCAAAUUGUAUCGCAUGACACCGCGGCUAUUCGACAUUCUGCUUUCCUUUGUGGAGGACGACCUGACGCGGCAACAUGUCGUCAGGGAGCCCCUGGAACCAGGAGAGCGACUCGCGAUAACGUUGAGUUACUUAGCCUCAGGCAAGGACAUCAGAGACGUCGCCAAUGCUUAUCUAGUGGGCAUCGAAACUGCACGGAAAAGCAUUCACGACACCUGCCGGGCGAUCUGGACGCAACUGAAGCACCGUUUUAUGAAGGUGCCAACCAAAGAAGACUGGUCUCGAAUAGCUGAUGACUUUGAGAAGUGCUGUCAGUUUCCGAACUGUCUGGGUGCCGUUGGUGGCAGGCACGUGACAAUCAUCGCCCCACGUCAUUCAGGUGGUGGAUACAUGAACCACAAGGGUUGUGACUCCGUGGUGCUGGUUGCUGCAGUCGACAGCAACUGCAAGUACAUCUUCAUCGAUGUCUAUGCUGAGAGCCGUCAACAGCAUAGCGACGUCUUCGAAAGUUCGGAAUUUGGCCAGGCGCUUCUUGGUGGCUCUCUGGACCUUCCUUUGAUGGCACCAUUACCCAGCUCUGACGAAAAAAUUGCUGCCUACACCUUCAUCGGUGAUGAGGCCUGUCCACUACGGAGGAACCUUGUGAUACCAUUUCCUGCGGGACAGGCUAAAGAUGAGAGAGCAGUCUUCAAUUACAGGCUGAACCGAGUGAGGAGAUGCGCAGAGAAUGCCUUUGGACUCACAGCAGCCCGUUGGAGAGUGCUGCUCCGAACUGUUCACCUGCAGCCAACCAAUGCUGACUAUGUCAUCAGGGCAGCCUGCAUGUUGCAUAAUUUUCUCACUGAUCUGAAUCCGCAGCUGGAAGGCUACAGAGACACGGAAGACAGCGUCGGCAGCGUGGUUCCGGGUCGCUGGCGGCAAAGUGUCGAAGAGGCAAACGGGAAGGAGUCACACUAUUUUCCCCUUGAGGCGAAGCACGUGGAGGAUGCAGAUGCAGCUGGUUCAGAGACCAGGAAUGACUUAAUGACAUACUUCUGCAGCAGCGCGGGGGAGAUCCCCUGGCAAUGGCAUCUGCCAGACGUGUCGAAGGAGGCCACACUGACGCACCUGCGUGAACAGCAGCUUCUGCCGGCCCCACCAUGAACAUGGGUGCCCUCUAGGUUCUUCGGAAGUCUUAUGUUUGGGCACUGUGAGGAGCCAGCACUUGCAUUCUUGCGGGACUCUUAUACCAGUGCAUGAAAACUACAAAGUGUGAAGGUUAGAGGCACAGCAGAUGUUAGAUGUCAAAUAAACUCUCCGCUGCAGCAUUGUUAUCUUUAUGGUGAUUAUCUCCAUUGCCCUUAUUAUUCAUUUCUUAUUUUAUUUCCUUAUUUCUUGCGGUAGAACAUAGAGAACUGGAGUAGCUGAAAUAUUUUCUACCUUAGCAGAACAGAGCCUUGCACUAACAGAAGCUUCAUAAAAAGUGUAAAAUGAAGUACAUAUAGAAAGUAGGAGCUAGUGAAAGAGGAAGGAAGGAUUAGGAAGAAGAGUGGCAGUGGGUGGAAGAGGAAGUUCACAACAGAACUGUCAAGCAUGGUGUUACCACUCUACUGCUAUCGCCCUUGCCAAGUGCCGACUAGCCAAUCCACAUCAUGCAUACACAUGGGGCACACGGCUGAUAUGAUAAUGGCAAUGGUAGAGUGGCAACAUCAUGCUAAGACAUGACUUUGCAAUACUGCUGACCGUAACUGAUAUUAAAGCACCAAGCCUAUAUUUCUGCUUGAACUUCUAGUACCUGACUGGUUGUGGAUUGAUUUCAAUGCAGGAGUGUUCAA